ACCCAAAAUCUCCACUAAAACAAACCGAAGGGAAAGCAAGCAAGAGCCGAGUGAGAGAAACUGAGAAAGAGAUGGGCAGGAAGAAGGGAGUAGCAGAGUUCGAAGAAACGGCGCCGGAUGACUUCGACCCGGCCAAUCCCUACAAAGACCCUGUGGCCAUGCUUGAAAUGAGGGAGCAUAUAGUUCGAGAGAAAUGGAUUGACAUUGAGAAAGCCAAGAUCCUCCGUGACAAGGUCAGGUGGUGCUACCGCAUCGAAGGGGUCAACCAUCUCCAGAAGUGCCGCCAUCUCGUACGCCAGUACCUCGACGCCACCCGUGGCAUCGGUUGGGGCAAGGAUGGCCGUCAUCCCUCCCUCCACGGUCCAAAGGUUGAAGAGAUCGAUUCAGAAUGAAUGGCUGCAUCUGGUCAUGAUAGGUGACUGACUUUGGGCAGCAAAGUAAGGAGUGUGGGAUUCGAAUAAUUGUCCACAUACAUUGUCACUAUUGUUGUUUCUGUUGUAAGACUCUUAUAACAAAGAUCAAACGUAAUGCCAUCUUCUUUUUCCAUUCUAGUUAGCAUCCAAAAUCUUGGUAAAUUACUUGGGCGAGUUGGUCGUAACAGUACAUCAGAUAAAUGAAAUAAGUUCCUUGUCA